UCCUCCUUCCCCGCCCCGCUCCGCCCGGUCCCCUGCUUCCCGCAUUUUGGUGCCCCGCUCCUUCCACCGCACGCUGCGGCGGCCAUGUCCGCGGCAGGGGCGGCUGCGGGCCGCGGCCCGAAACCGGCGGCUCCCUACCUGCCCCCAGCUGGGGACGGGCCCGGCAGCCGAGGGAGUUUCCUGGGCCCCCGCCCCCCUGCAGCUGUGGAGGCCAUGGCCCGGCAGUUAUCAGGCCUGGACAGGGACCUGUUCCGGCGGCUGCUGAAGGUGGUGGUGAGCGCCCUGCAGGGCGAGGACUGCCGCCAGGAAACCCGGCGCCUCGUGGACUCGUCGCCUCUGUCGGAGGCGCAGCUUGGCGUUCUCGUAGCCGGCAUGCACGCGCUGCUGCGGGAGGCCCUGCGGCUGCCGGCCUCCGCCCUCAAGCCCGACGGGUUCAGGGAAGAGCUGCAGCAGCUCCAGGUGCCCGACGAGUUCGUGGCGGAUUUUGCCAGCGUCGUCUUCGGCAGCCGGCGCCCCGGCCUGGACGGACUGGCCCGCGAACAGGGCGCUCGGCUGCCCACGGUGGAGGACUUCAGAUGGAGGGUGGACGUGGCAAUCUCCACCAGCUCGCUGGCCCGCUCCCUGCAACCGUCCAUCCUGAUGCAACUGAAGCUCUCGGACGGGACGGCCCACCGCUUUGAAGUGCCCGUGGCCAAGUUUCAGGAACUGAGGUACAACGUUGCCUUGAUCCUGAAAGAAAUGAAUGACCUGGAAAAGAGAUGCAGUCUUAAAAUCCAGGAUUGACGCUCGCCUGCCUGACGGCCGCCUCCAAAAAGCCUCCUCCUUCAUGGCACCUGCCGCCAGAAUCAUGACGCAUACUGUCUCUCAACCCUAUACCAGUUCUUGUGUUGUACUACUGUAAAUAUUUUUCAAUUAAAACAUUGGUUGAGAAAAACAACCUUAAAUUGGGGGGGGGACUAAAAAAUUCUUAUGAAGAUAAAUAACAUUUAUGUUUGAAAUCAAAUGUGUGCGAUUCAUAAGGAAACACUUAAAAAUCAUUAAUAAAGACUAAUGAAUUUGUGAAGAAAAAGAUGAGCCAUCCCAAGACUGGUGUAUCAGCUGUUCUUAUUAAGAUGAUGAACCAAGGUGUCACUUUUGUUUUUUGUCAGGGUGUUCCUUGUCUAGGCAUAUUUCAAAAUCUUACGAAUAUCUUUAAAAUAAUUGCUUUUGUAGACUAGUGAAGUGAUUAAUAAGUAGCUCUUUCUAAUUCACUUUUAGGGCAGUUAUUUUAAAAAUUGGGAAAUGUAAAAAUAUUGUAAAUUUUUAGCUACAAAUUUUUUUGAAAGAGUAGGGACUUCAUCUUUUUCUUGAUUGGUAUAUGUUAAGGACAUUGUGUUGAUUUAUUCAUUCCACCAAAUAUAAAAGCUUCAAGAGAAA